AAAUCUUUCGCCAGGGCGGCCUGAGCCCCACCAGCGGCACCGAUUUCUUCCACGUCCUCCCCCCCUCCACGAUACCUCUCCUUACCCGCCGAACCUCGAAACCACCACUCCUCUCACACACACCCCCCCACGCCGACAAAACCAUCAACCAUGUUGAACGGCGAAGAUCCGCCCGAGCGGCCCGACUACAUUGUCAACAUCAUCAAUGGCCUGGAGCGCUACAACCCCGAGGCCGUCGUUAACCUCGAGGCCUAUCUGCAGGAGCAGUGCGAGCAGAAGUACUGCGACUGCAAUGCGAACAGGACACUGCUGAAGCUGUACCAGCUUAACCCCGACCGCAUGAAGGAUGAGGUCGUCACCAACAUCCUAGUCAAGGCCAUGACCCAGUUCCCCUCGCCGCAGUUCAGCCUUGCCCUGCACCUGAUCAACCCAUCUACCAUCGCCCAGGGCGAGCUCCACGAGGCCGUCACCAAGCUCCGCACCCUCAACAUCCAGCUCGAGGGCUCCGAGUAUGCUCGCUUCUGGAACACCAUUGAUGGCGACGAUCUCUGUGCCGACCUGAUCGCCGACAUCUCUGGUUUCGAGGAUCUCAUCCGCGCCAACAUUGCCAACCUUGUUGCCCAGGCCUUCCGCGAGGUUAGCCUGUCCCAGCUCGAGUCGUGGCUCGGUCUUGACUCCGACGCCGCCGCUAAGUUCGUGACCGAGGUCGCUGGCUGGACUGUCGGCGACAACGGUGUCGUUACCAUCCCCAAGAACACGGAGAACGAGGCCAAGAAGUCGGAAAUUAGGGAGGACGUCAACAUUGAUAUGUUCUCGAGGGUGAUCCGGAGAUCAUGGGAGGAGACCGUGUAAAGGAAGGAAUCAGAUCAGUACAUAACAGACUGCUGCUGGUUUUCCAGGUGCGAGGAAGAGAGAUGAAAGGGGGGCAAGGGUGACACAUUCCCCUUAGCUGCUAAUAGCUCUGUAAAUGGAGUUAAGGCUGGAAGAGAGCAUGGCGGCAAAAUUACCGGCGUUCACUGUGACUUUGGAAUUGGGGGAACCAUAGAGUAUAUCCCUGAAUAUGAGACAUGCCACACAAUUCAAGAUGUCGUACGAAUCUUCCGUCA